CGCGGAGUCCUGGGGCUGAGGAGAGAAGGGGCCCCGGGGCCCGCUCCGCGGUUCUCAGGACCUGCCGGGGGGAGGGUUUCCGCGGCCGGGCGGAGAUCGCAGGAACCGGAGGCCAGGCCCGGGUUGCUGCAGCUCCCGCGCUCGGAACGGACCCGGGAGCCUGACUCCCAGGCCAGCCGCAGCGUGACUGUGGCUGUGUGAGCUAACCGUAUGACUGGACCCCUCUGCGCUCUCGUUUCCUCUUCAUCGAAACGGAGAGCCUCCAUCCUUGUUGUGAGGCUUGUGUGCGUUGACCCGGGCCCGGGGCUUCCAGCAGCCCUGGGAACAUCCCAAGUGUUGGAUAAAUGUGGAGACCUGGCUGCACAGAUGUUGAGCACAGCCCUCUCCCACUCACUCCCACAGACUACCUGGGCUGGGAGUCAGCACCUCCAAUCUGCAGCCCCCAGAAGUGUUCAUCCUGGUGGCCAGCCAUUGAGGACAUGGAUUUGGAUCAGCUGGACCUGAACCCCAGGAUUAUUGCUGCAGUUAAGAAAGCCAGGCUGAAGGCCGUGAAGGAGGUCCUGCACUUCUCUGGAGCUGACCUACAGAGACUGACCGGCCUGUCCAGCCCUGACGUCCAGCACCUGCUGACAGCGGCCUCCUCACACCUGCGUGGGGGCCCCAUCCUCACAGCGCUGCACCUGUACCAGCAGAGGGAGCGCUUCCCCGCGCAGCACCAGCGCCUGAGCCUGGGCUGCCCCAUCCUGGACGGGCUCCUGGGCGGCGGCCUGCCCCUGGAGGGCAUCACGGAGCUGGCUGGCUGCAGCUCAGCUGGGAAGACCCAGCUGGCACUGCAGCUCUGCCUGGCUGUGCAGUUCCCACCACAGCACGGAGGCCUGGAGGCCGGGGCUGUUUACAUCUGCACGGAGGAUGCCUUCCCCAGCCGCCGGCUGCAGCAGCUCAUGCAGCAGCAGCAGCGCCUGCGGGCAGACGUGCCACAGGACGUGGUCCAGAGCAUCCGCUUCGGCAGCCAGAUCUUCGUGGAGCACGCGGCCGACGCGGACACCUUGCUGGAGUGUGUGAGCACCAAGGUCCCCGUCCUCCUGUCACGGGGCAUGGCCCGCCUGGUGGUGGUAGACUCCGUGGCAGGCCCCUUCCGCUGUGAAUUUGAUGGUCAGGCCUCGGCCACCCGGGCCAGGCACCUGCAGUCCCUAGGGGCCACGCUGCGCCGGCUGAGCAGCACCUUCCGGAGCCCUGUGCUCUGCAUCAACCAGGUGACAGAGGCUGUGGAGGAGCAGCGCGCAGCACUUGGGCCACCAGGGCCCUGGGACGAGCACAUUUCCCCAGCCCUUGGCAUAACCUGGGCCAACCAGCUCCUUGUGAGGCUGAUGGCCCACCGGCUCCGCGAGGAGGAGGCCGCCCAGGGCCCCCCUGGCCACCCGGCCCGGAUCCUGCGGGUACUCUCCGCCCCUCACCUGCCCCCGUCCUCCUGCUUCUACACAAUUGAAGUGGAAGGGGUGCGAGGGGCACUGAGGGCUGAGUCCUGCUAACGUGGACCAGGUCCCAAGAAGCCCAGAGUCUGGCUGAGCCCUGGAAGCGGCCAGUACAGACGCACAGCACUGCAGUCCACCAGGGUCAGCGCACCAUCGGCCCUCCUCAGCCAGAGGUGAACAGCGAGCUGAGGCUGCACCCCCUCU